AUGACCUCAAUACUCGCGGACACCCGAGACGCAAACAACAACAACGCGCUCGGUCUCAAACCUUUCUUCAAAGGCAAAGUGGAAGCGUUAGAAAUCGCCGUAAGGGACGGGACGCAAAAUCUUCGACGAUUGGAAGCGCAAAGAAACGAGUUAAACUCGAGAGUUCGAGCGUUGAAAGAGGAACUCUCUUUGCUCCAAGAACCCGGGUCGUACAUCGGCGAAGUCGUGAAAGUGAUGGGGAAGACGAAGGUUUUGGUGAAAGCGCAUCCGGACGGGAAGUACGUGGUGGAUUUCGACAGGUCCAUCGAUUUAGCAAAGUUGACGCCGGGGGUGAGAGUCGCGCUGAAGAACGAUUCGUACGCGUUGCAUUACAUAUUGCCGUCGAUGAUUGAUCCGUUGGUGUCGCUGAUGAAGGUGGAGAAGGUGCCGGACUCGACGUUUGAUAUGAUUGGAGGGUUAGAUCAGCAAGUGAAAGAGAUUAAAGAAGUCGUGGAGUUACCGAUUAAGCACCCGGAGUUGUUCGAUUCGCUAGGCAUCGCGCAACCGAAAGGGGUCAUUUUGUACGGUCCGCCCGGGACGGGGAAAACGUUGCUCGCGAGAGCCGUCGCGCACCACACGGAUUGUUGUUUUAUUCGCGUCAGUGGUUCCGAAUUGGUGCAGAAAUAUAUCGGCGAAGGCGCGAGGAUGGUUCGAGAACUCUUCGUCAUGGCUCGCGAAAACGAACCGGCGAUUUUGUUCAUGGACGAAGUCGAUUCUAUCGGUUCGGCUCGAGGCGGCGGCGGCGGAUCCGGCGGCGAUUCGGAAGUUCAAAGAACUAUGUUGGAACUCUUGAAUCAAUUAGAUGGCUUCGAGGCGUCAAACAAAAUCAAAGUCAUCAUGGCAACGAAUAGAUUGGACAUAUUAGACCCGGCGUUACUUCGCCCAGGGAGAAUCGAUCGUAAAAUCGAGUUCCCGAAUCCAACCGAAGAAUCUCGCGUGGACAUUUUGAAAAUUCACUCGAGGAAAAUGAACUUAGUCAGAGGCAUCGAUUUGAAAUCGAUCGCGAGUAAAAUGGGAGGGGCGUCCGGGGCGGAGAGUAAAGCGGUGUGCACGGAAGCUGGGAUGUACGCGCUGAGAGAGAGGAGAGUGCACGUGACGCAGGAAGAUUUCGAGAUGGCGGUGAGUAAAGUGAUGACCAAAGAUACCGAUAAAAACAUCUCGAUCAAGAAGCUCACUUUGUAG